CCCCAGGAUGGCGAACCGGGGCCCGUCGUACGGGCUGAGCCGGGAGGUGCAGCAGAAGAUCGAGCGCCAGUACGACCCCGAGCUGGAGCAGCUCCUCGUGCGCUGGGUCCUCGCCCAGUGCGGCGGCGACGGCGGCCCCGCCCCGGCCACGCCCGCGCCCGGCAGGGACGGCUUCCAGCAGUGGCUCAAGGACGGCACCUAUGGGAUCGCCCCCACCGACAUCUUCCAGACCGUGGAUCUCUGGGAAGGGAAGAACCUGGCGUGUGUGCAGCGCACGCUGAUGAACCUGGGCAGCCUGGCAGCCGCCAAGGGCGACGGGCUCUUCCGAGGAGACCCCAACUGGUUCCCCAAGUAGG